GUCGUCCGCGAUAGCUCACCGUGUGUGCACCGCGCGGCUCGGUGCUACAGUGUACGGGGGCGAGCGAAAUCUCGCUCGAGUGCGAGUGGCGCGCGCGAUACGUCGGCUUCCGCGGUUUUCUGUUCGGUGAAAUCGGCGUCCACUGGAUAACCAAGAGCGAUCCAAGGAGGAACACCGCGUCGAACGCGUAACCAGGAACGAACGAUAGUUCCAGUGGGAAAGUUUUCGAAAGUUCGGCAGAGCGAGAAAACUCGCUCGGCGAGGGUCGAGCGAGAGGGAAUGGUACCAGGGAAAGUGUGCCGUAUCCUGUGGGAUCGGUGUCCUCGGUCCUCCUGAAUUAGCAGGCCGCAGGAUUCUUGUAGAUGCUAGAUAUUUGGAUGAUAUCGGUACGGUUCGGUUGUUCUCGGGUUCGCAGGAUGAAACGAGGAGAGCGUGCGGUCGCGUGCGAUCCGGCCGAGGGAUGCUGUUGCUCGCGUCCUCGUUGUUGCUGUUGAAGUGAUCGGGAUCCGUGCGAGUCAUCGAAUGAUUCCGCAGUGAUUGAUAGUGCGUGUACACCGUGGUAAUCCGACUGCGUCCCGGAUCGUCGUCGGUUCCGUUUCCGUGGUGAUCCAUCGAGUCGCCGGCUGGCUCCCGUUCGAACGUGGAUCUCUGCUCCGUCAGCGCGAUCGCGAGGAUCCCGCGAGAAGUUGCUCGAUCGUCGAGGCUCGCGACGCGUCGCGAAGCGAUGAUGCGCGAGACGUGUGCUACGGGCACGCGGGACGAGGUUUGCGGAACCAGGUGCCCGUGAACGAGAAACACGGUGUACAGGUCGCUGGUCGACAGCGAGAUCCGGCGGGAUCACGAUGCUGAUGAUGCUUGGCGAUCGGUUGCUAUGAUCGAGCCGCGGAGGGUUCACGUGGAACGAUCAUGAUUUACCUUAGGCUGCACGUCGGGAGGAGUCUACGGUGCAAUGCGAACGCUAGGCACUGGAACGUGUUCAUCGUGCCACUCUUCCCACUCUGGAUUAUCGGCGCAUUCUGCGUGAAAGACAUCCCUAUAUCGCACAUCGUGGCGCUGGUCGGUCAUCCCACGAAUCUUCCCUGCAACAUAUCAACCACCCAUAAAGGGGACUCGGUGCUUCUUGUGCUGUGGUAUCGCGAGGAUCUCGCCACGUCGGUUUACAGUGUUGAUGCAAGGAAUCAGGACUCCGGCAAGCCAGUAAAAUGGUCGAACGAGUCGGUGUUCUCGAACCGAGCGUAUUUCAUGCCGGACAGAACGCCGGCGGAGCUCGGCGUCGACGACAUAAGGGAGGAGGACGCCGGCAUCUACAGGUGUCGUGUCGAUUUCCAGAUCGGGCAGACACGCAACUCCAAAGUCAAUUUAACGGUGAUAGUUCCGCCGCACAAAAUCGUGAUCGUCGAUGACGUGAUCGUCGAUGACUCCGGGAUCGUACGGGACAAGGUGGUCGGCCCGUACAAGGAGGGCGACACUCUGCGGCUAUACUGCGACGUGUACGGCGGUAAGCCGGCCCCGAUGGUGUCCUGGCACCGCAACGACACGCUGGUCACCGACAAAACCGUGACCUUGCGGGACGGCGUCAGGCGCAGCGAGCUCGUUAUCAAAAAUUUAGGUCGGGACGACGUCCGCGCCGUGCUCACCUGCAAAGCAAUCAACAACAACAUGCAGGACCCGCUCGCCGCGGACGUUCGCGUCGACAUGCAUGUCAGCCCGCUCGACGUCAAGAUAAUCGGAGCGAACCAACCGCUGUCAGCGGGCAUGAAGUACGAGCUGGUGUGCACGACUUCCGGUUCCAUGCCGCCGGCCAAUGUGACUUGGUGGAGGGACAAACAGCGUUUGGUCGGCUCCAAGGAGACCACUUCGAGCGACGGGAACACGACCACCAGCACCCUGUCUUUCAAGGCGACCAGGGCAGAUGCUGGCAGACACUUGUCGUGCCGGGCUGAAAACUCAAUCAUGGGAACCGAGCCGAUAGAUGACGGCUGGGACCUCGAGAUACACUACACGCCCGAGACAAGGAUACAGCUGGGAGCGAAUCUGAACCCGAACGCGAUACAAGAGGGCGCCGACGUCUACUUCGACUGUCUGAUCCAGGCUGAGCCGCCCGUGUACAAGGUGGAAUGGCGGCACUUGGGCGAGCCUCUUCAUCACAACAUCGCGCAGGGUAUCAUUAUUAGCAAUCAGAGCCUGGCGCUGCAGGUUGUCGACCGCAAAAGCGCCGGCAACUACACCUGCAUCGGGCACAACACCGAAGGAAACGGCGAAAGUUCGCCGUUCUACUUGAACGUGAUGUUCGCACCCACGUGCAAACGGAAUCAAACGGAAGUCCUCGGCGUGGCGAAACAAGAAAAGGCAAACAUAUCCUGCCAAGUGGACGCGAACCCGCCGGAGGUUCAAUUCCGUUGGACCUUCAACAAUUCCGCGGAGAGUAUCAACGUGGGCGCCGACCAUAUCGCUCGGGCUGGCACAUCCUCGAUCGUCUCAUACACACCCAUGACCGAAUUGGAUUACGGCACGUUGCUCUGCUGGGCGACCAAUCGAAUUGGACAUCAACAAGUGCCCUGCGUCUAUCACAUCAUACCGGCCGGUCGACCGGAUAUGGUGCACAAUUGCACCACCUCGAACACAUCGACGAACUCGUUCUCGGUGAGGUGCGCGCCGGGGUUCAACGGCGGUCUGCCGCAGUCCUUCCUCAUGGAGGUGAGGGAGAGCAACAGCCAGGACUUGAAGGCGAACCUGACGAACCGCGUUCCGAGCUUCAGCGUGAGCAACCUCGAUCCAGGUGCGCUCUACCAGGCCUGCAUCUACUCCUACAAUGUUAAAGGGCGCAGCGAGGCGAUGGUCGUGCAAGCAGGCACCCUCAGGCUGCCCGAAAAACAAUUAACGUCCGAGUCGGAGAGACCGAGACAGAAUUUCAGGUUGAUGCCGAUGCUGAGCGUGACGAUCGGCGUGGUGACCGCGCUGAUCAUCGUCGCCGUGAUCGUGAUGGUCGUGCUCAGAAUUCAGCACACCCAGGUCGACGAGCAGAGCAAGUCGCAGAUGGAGGACCACGGUAAACAAACGAAAACGAUGCCGAUCCAGCGGGAGCUGAGGUUCCGCGAGGCAAGCAGUCUACUUUCCGACGAAAAACAUCCGAGCAGUCCCUUCAGGAAGUUCGAGAGCAGCGGCGACAUAAGCGAAAACGACGAGAAAAACCCUGACAUCAUACCUCAGCAAAUCACCGGCGACGAGCCAUCCGAGUACUUGAGGAAGCGGCGCCUGAUCUCAACGAUCGAGACAUCGCCAUCGAGAAGUUUGUUGGAACACUCGACGGUCACUUCCGUCAGCGGUCACGGCAGUUACGCCGGCUAUUGCACCAUUCGCAACGGCAUGCCGCUCCACGAGUUCUCGAAUCUGGCGACGAAACAUAAAAGCUUCCAGCCAAUAGUGGGGGACGUCUACGAGACCGGUGUUUGCACUCUGCCGAGGCAACACUGGCCGAGCCAAAGUGUUCAAUCGAUGUCGAUGACAAUGAGCCCGCCGAUGCUGUACAGCGGGCUGGGUGUCGUUGGCAGGACCUGUCCGAGCGGCAGCAUACUCGCCAAGGACGUCGAGGCGAGGAUCCCGGGCCAGUGUUGCAUUCAGUCGCAGAAGGACGGGAAGAUCAGCACGCCGAUCGUGAUGGCGAAGCGAGAGAGCUCCGUGUGACGAUUUUCCCGGCUGCAAACCAGUGAGGUGUAAUCCAUCGGUAACUUUCGCUCCAAUUGUCCCGCGAUGCUGCUGGAGAUCAUGCUCCCUUCUGCUUCGAGCACCGGUCCCGGUGCCGAUCGAAACAAGCAUCGCCCGACGCGAAGAAUCAAGUUCUUCGCGAACGUCGAAGCGCUCUGGAGAGAAGUUCUUGUUGCCCCUUCGUUGCUUGCAGACUUGGUUGGGAUGGUCUUGAUCGCGAUCCUGUCCUGCUGGCUGGGGAAUCCUGGUACGGGCAGCUGACAAACAAAAGCGCACACGAUGUAGAUUGCAUUGAUUUCUCGGAUUUAGGACGACUGCUUCGGAUCGGCCAUCCUUUCGCACUCGGGGCUAUCUCAAUCCUUUGUUUCCAAACAUUCUGGUCGAAUUUAUGUGUCGGAGACAAUUCCGUUCUUCUCGGGAAUUUUAGACACUUCUUUGCAGGCUCCGAGCAACGAAAGUUCCUUUGAACAAAUUAGAACGUUCAUCGUAUAAAUGAUUACUCAAUAUUCUUGCGGGAAUAUCGAAGUUCGUUCGCCGUUCGAAGCAAAUGAUUCGUUCGGAUGCAAAUGAUUAAGCCGCGAUUACCGAUGGUUGCCAGGGCGAUCACAUUGAAUGUAAACAAUGUAAUCGAACGCUCGUGUAUUUCGGGGAGAAAUUGUUGUUCCGUACCACGAUUUCCUUAGCCACCCGGUAUAUAAUUGAAACUCGAAAGCCUCCGAAGCGUAUCCAGCGAGCCCGAGGAGGAAUCAUCGUUCACGGACGAGCUGAUUUACUUACUCGGCGACAGUGUUCGCGUUUCCGUUUCUUUGUUCAAUCAAGUGCCCUUUUUAUAUUGAACGGACGACCCUCGAGUUUGCAAAUGUAAGAUAACAAGACGAACGAAAAGAACAACAAUACCGAACCGAAGAGCAAAAGGAGACGAGUAAAAGAACAUACCGGAACGCGAUAUAGAGAACAAAGGAGAACCGUUGUAGAUCCCGUGCGUCGCGAACCUGCGUGUGUGUGUGUGCUAAUAGAGGAAAGAGAAGCGAGUAAUUACAAUAUAAUGAACAACUUAUACAUACAUGUGCACGGGUGUACGCGCGUGCUGCUGUACAUACUACUCUUGAAUACGGAUGAUAUUUUAUACAAAAAAAUCGGUAGCGUUUAAACGAGGACGACGAGGCCGACGGGGGCGGGUUAAGAGAGAGAGAGAGAGAGAGAGAGAGAGAGAGAGAGAGAGAGAGAGACGGUUUAAAUUCCAACUUUUACUAUCGGUACACUGUACAAUUCGUCUAGUCGAUGUAAGUAUAAAUAACGAAAGAGGCGAGCUAAGGCCCAAAUGUAUGUGUAUAUGCGCGAGAGAUACGGACGAGAUCGAUCGAUCGAGCAGCCAGAAUAACGUACACUGAGAAGGAGGAGGUGGACGGCCCUCUGCGAAACGAAAAUCAAAAAGAGAAAUAUUUACCAGAGAGAUAAAAGUUUAAACAAAGAAACAAAAAGAGUAUAUAGAGUCAAAUGGGAACAAGAAUUUCGUUUGCGAGUGUGUGCAUGCCGGAACACGUACAUAUAUGUGAAUCACAGGGUGGGGGUGGGAAGAGACACAGAGACAUAUCGUACAGCUUUCCCCAUCGUUGAACAUUAAAAAAUCAACGGAUAAGACAAAAUAAAGCGAGGUGAAGAGACGCGAAACGAAAGAACUCGAUGUGCUGAACAGAAUUUCAAAGUAAAAGGAAGAAGAAGAGAAUGCGAGAGAGAGAGAGAGAGAGAGAGAGAUCCCCAUUACUUUCGUCAGUAUGCAGUAUUCUGGAUUUUAUUGUAAGAUUAAGUAUCUGUAUAAUGUAUAAAGUAACGAUUCUCCUUCCAAGUAACCGGGCACGAAGGAAGUGGGAGGACGGAAAAAUAGUCGUCCUGCUCUCAGAAAUGAUUUAGAGCUUUCUCGUGGUCCGAUCAUUGCGAUAUCCCUUUGUCGGAAGCUUGGAGAGCGUCGCCGGCGUAAACUUCGCUCGGAGACCGACGAAUUAGACCGCCUUUCCAGGACGACGCGAGCCGGAAAACUUCGAAACUUCAGUAGCAAUUAGAAAUGCUGUUGAUUAUACUCCAAAUCGCAUUUUUCGAUCAAAUACUUCAGCAAGUUUGCACUCUGAUUCCCGAACAAAACCGGACGCUGUUACCGAGAGCAUAGAACGGAAGCAGAAUUUUCUAUCGAAUUGAAACGAGCUCGAUGCUCUGCAACUACAAUCUCGAAUCAAAAUUUGUUCUUGCAUAUUCUUGAACAAUUCUUUAACCCUCGUACGUUCCUCAAGGUGACAAUUCGCCUAUUUUCUUUUCCUAAAUACUGAGAAGCUUGAUUUCUUUUUAUGGGUGUUGUAAGAUGUAUUUCUCGUUGAUUUAAAGUGUGAAGCAAAAUGCGGGUGGAUCAUCAUCCUGAUUUGUGCAACUAUCUCCGAGGAUCGUACGAGUGUGACUAUGUUUCGUUCCGGACCUUUCCGGCUCAAUGUCGUCCAGCACACAAACGGUCGUCGUAUCCUCUGAUCCCACGACAGAAUCGUACUAGAAUGCGGAUUUUAUGCAUUUAUAAUAAACUCGACUUUGUUGAACAGGAUAAAAUAAACGUCAUGAUAAAAAAAAAGAACAA